GCUGAAGGGGGUCCUGGAGCAGAUGGACCGCGGCGUCGUGGACCUGCAGGACCUCCGCAGGAACCUGGAGCUCGCUGCUGCCAUGUUGGACGCUGUUUACACUGAUGAGACGAAGCGUCUGUUGGACACCGAGGACGAGCUCAGCGACUUGCAGGCAGAGUCAGUGCCCAGCGAAGUACGUGAUUGGCUGGCAUGUACCUUCAGCAGGAAGAUGGGCGUGGCCAAGCGUCGACCUGAGGAGAAGCCGAGAUUCAGGAGCAUCGUCCACGCAGUGCAAGCCGGGAUCUUUGUAGAGAGGAUGUACAGACGAACGUCCAACAUGGCCGGUCUGACGUAUCCGCCCACUGCUCUGAGAGCUCUGAAGGAAGUGGAUCAGUGGUCGUUUGAUGUGUUUUCCUUCCACGAGGCCACGGGAGACCACGCCCUCAAGUUUCUCGUGUACGACCUGCUGACCCGCUACGACCUCAUCAACAGGUUCAGGAUCCCUGUGCAGGCUCUAGUGCAGUUUGUGGAAGCUCUGGAGAACGGCUACAGCAAACACAGGAACCCUUACCACAACCUGAUCCACGCCGCUGAUGUCACUCAGACC